UAAUAGUCAGAAAAUUAACAAGAAAACAGCCCAGGCACUCCACACACUAUCAAGUAGCAUAGAUUCUUUCCACAUCAUGGUAUACACCAUGAAUACAGAAAUGCAAGCAUUUAGGAAACAAUAUAAAGAAGAAUAUAUUAGAAAAAAGAACCUUAUAACUCAGAACCAAAACUUAAUUAUGUGCCAAAUGUAUAAAAGUAAUCUAGCAGAGUAGAGAGAGAGAAUCAGAUAACCCUUUUACAACAGGACUAGAAAGAAGGACCCCAGACUUCCAAAUGUUAUUAGAAAAUGAAAGAUGAUCAUAAUGCAAAGAAGGCAUAUGCGAGCUAUACCUAGUACAGGUAUUCCUGGACAAUGACUACCCAGAACAUCACACUAAAGCCAUACCACAGAAAUUAGACAAUGAAUUUGUAAUACCAGUUGAUCACUUUCUGUGGUCAUCAGUUAACAACACAAAUAGCUCUCUCUAUAUAUCACUCGAAGACACCAUUAAAUUAGGAGCAAACACAUAUGUCUACCCACACCAACCAGAUACAAAGAUGCAACACACAUCUUUCCCAAUGUCAAGAUUAACAACCAUAAUACAAGACAUGCGGAACUAUAACUUUAUACUAUGCACACUCACACCAAAAAUAGCCACAUGCAGAUGGCUAAAUGAAUCAUUCAUGGACACUUCCGAAGCAUAUUUUAAUUUAACAUGCAGAUGUUACUUAAUGAUGAACUCUCACAGGCCACAAUGGAUAAUACAACAAUCAUGACUAUGCUGACCCUGGAGGAAAAACACUACUUUGACUCUGAUUCAACUUUGAAUUAGAACAAGAUCAUUAUAACAACUUCGUUCAAAAAAUGAAUGAGAUCUUAGAAGUCACAACAUACAAUGAAGAACAAUUAGCAUCAUUAGAUGUAAAAAUUAGGAAAGAAAGCAUCACCCUGGGUAAUGCUCAGAGUGAAGUACAUAGCUUAGUUGUCCUUUUGGAAGCCAACACCAUAAUCAAUUAAAAAUUGGAACAAGGAGAUAACUAAAUGUGGCCUGUGAGAUACUAUCGGCAGACUAGCAUGCCUAGACUUUGUAUGCACCCCAGUGUCACUGGGUUAAAGAAACAUUUUGGUUCCUCAUAUUUCUGAUCCUACUCUUCAUGCUAUUAAAAGUAUCUUUGAUAUGUUUUAGAAGCAACUAUGGAACAUAUGCCUUGCACAGUAGGUCAAGAGGCAACGACUCUGGACAGAGAUAUGACCUCAGCAGCAUAGCAAAAGCUAAUACAUUUUUCAGAAAAAUAUUCUUUGCUAAUGCAUCAUUUGGAAUUUUGUUUGAUAGAUUGGCUAGAAAUAAGCUAUUUGAACCAGGAAAUUACAUAUUUUAAGACCUCUCUCUCUCUCUCCCCCCUCUCUCAUAUAUAUAUAUAGAUAUAUAUAUGAGAUGGAUAUAUCAUCCGUAUAUGGAUGAUAGAUUGCCUACUUUGUUUUAUCAUUGUUGUUAUCAUAACCAUAUAUUCUGGAAGAUGUACCCAGGCCCCAUCAGGGCAACCCAAAGCUUAUUGAGCAGCCCCAUGGCCUGCUAUAUUAGCAAAGGGAGCCACUUCUGGUACUACACACGUUACAACAUGUUGGAGCAUGCACCUGACUCCACAUACAAAAUGUUGGAGGAAGAUUAGUAUGGGAAUGACCCCACACAAUCAAACAAUCCAGAACUCCUACAAGCUUACUGCCUGAGAACAAUAUUGAAAUCGAUAUUAAAAGAGUGCAUGUUCCAAUGGGAUGCUUACAGUACAUGGAAAGGUUACCACAAAAAUGGAUUAUGUACUGUAUAUGAUCCCCACUUUACAAGCCUUGUGGCGCCUUCGGGAAUAUCCAGACCUGUAGCUCUGUUUUCCCUGAGACUCCAGGGGAAAUGUAAGGAAGCAUGAGCCCAGAAGGCAAAGCUGCUCCCCCCCGGCCCCCACACCUGCUGCCAAAAGAGAACGAGUCUGCCCCACAUGGACCCAGCUCCAGCAAGAUCUGAGAAGGAUAAGUCUCGGACCUUACCUGAUGUGCCACCAUCGUGUCAGGCUAUAACGUUGGCCAGACAGGAGAACGGGACGUCAGACAAUCUGAGCUGCCAUGUGGUUGCUGGAAAUUUAACUUAGGACCUUUGGAAGAGCUCCUAACCACCAACUCAUCUCUCCAGACCCAUAAAGACACUAUUUUUAAGGCCUUAUGAUCUCUUAAGGGCCUCAGCCGACUAGGCAGCACAGCAUCCUUGGGGAGAAACUACAUUUCCCAGAAGCCAGUUCGACCGUAGAGGAAGUCCUUUACGCAACAGGGGGCCUUGAGAAACCAAGGAUGCUUGCUGCAGCAAGUGUCUGCAGAGAGCAGGCCAACCCAUAAAGCUGCCUGAGUCCUUUCAUGCGAAAUGGCUCGGAGGCAGGACGAGGCGCGGGCCGGUGUGCCCCUGAGGGUUGAAGGCCCGCCGGACAAGGAGGUCCACCUCAUUCUGUACCACUGGACGCACUCCUUCAGCUCUCAAAAGGUGCGCUUGGUAAUUGCUGAAAAGGCACUGAAGUGCGAGGAACACGAUGUAAGUCUGCCCCUGAGUGAGCACAAUGAGCCUUGGUUUAUGCGCUUGAACUCAGCUGGAGAAGUACCGGUCCUUGUCCACGGGGAGAACAUAAUCUGUGAGGCCACUCAGAUCAUUGAUUAUCUUGAGCAGACUUUCCUGGAUGAAAGAACACCCAGGUUAAUGCCCGAUGAAGGAAGCAUGUAUUACCCACGGGUGCAGCAUUACCGAGAGCUUCUUGACUCCUUGCCAAUGGAUGCUUACACACAUGGCUGCAUUUUGCAUCCUGAGCUCACUGUGGAUUCCAUGAUCCCCGCUUAUGCAACCACAAGGAUUCGCAGCCAGAUUGGUAACACAGAGUCUGAACUAAAGAAACUUGCUGAAGAAAACCCUGACUUACAAGAGGCAUACAUUGCCAAACAGAAGCGACUUAAGUCAAAGCUGCUUGAUCAUGACAAUGUCAAAUACUUGAAGAAAAUUCUUGAUGAGUUGGAGAAGGUCUUGGAUCAGGUGGAAACUGAAUUACAAAGAAGAAAUGAGGAAACUCCAGAGGAGGGCAACCAGCCUUGGCUCUGUGGAGAAUCCUUUACACUGGCAGAUGUCUCACUGGCUGUCACAUUGCAUCGGCUGAAGUUCCUGGGGUUUGCAAGACGAAACUGGGGACAUGGAAAGAGACCGAACUUGGAAACCUAUUAUGAGCGUGUCUUGAAGAGAAAAACAUUUAACAAGGUUUUAGGACAUGUCAACAAUAUAUUAAUCUCUGCGGUGCUGCCAACAGCAUUCCGGGUGGCCAAAAAAAGGGCCCCAAAAGUUCUUGGCAGCACCCUUGUGGUUGGUUUGCUUGUAGGAAUGGGAUAUUUUGCAUUUAUGCUUUUCAGAAGGAGACUUGGCAGCAUGAUAUUAGCACUUAGACCCAGACCAAAUUAUUUCUAGGUUUGUUGGGAUCUGUGGUAGCAGCACACGGAAUCACUCCACUAGACCCUCAUCCACUUGUCCAGACCCAGUGAAGAUUUAGCCUUGGCAAUUAGUAGAGAGCAUACUUUAUAUAAUUCACGGGGAGCUCAUGUGGGAGAAGGAGCUAAUGAUAUGUUUUUUUCUUCUUUCUCUCUGUCUCUUUCUCUUUCUUCCUUUCUUUUUUUGUAGACAACAUGACUUACUUCUAAUCUAUCCCUAAAGGCCAGUAUAACUGCUGACAGAUUGGGGGGAGGGAACCUUUGAUGGAGAUUGUUAGUUCAUGUAUGUUCUCAGGUAUUUUUUGAGAGGUUGUAAUUAGGAGCAGACAGUAAUAACAACCCAUGAUUGCUCAUAGUGCCUCACCUGAGAGUGACUGCAGGUCUGGGUGUUGAACAGUUAUAGGAUUCCUCUGGGACUCAGAGGCAUCUUUGUUAUACUAGACAGAGUUCAGACACAAACAAGACAUUGUACUGAUUCAUCUUUCACUAGCAGCUUUAGGCAUAAGUAAAGGAGAAAAUGAGAAAGGGGAGAAAGAAAAUGAGAGAAUGAAGUACAUCCAGAACAGAGCAGUAGAUGCUAACCUCCAGUGGCCUUCAUUGCUGCCCAUGGUUGCCUCUCUCUUUGGGGAAUUUCACAUAUACCUACUUGUGGUCAUGUACCCUCCUUAACUCAGAACUUUUAGGGAGGAGAGGGCUGGGAAGUUAGUGGGGAUAGUAUACUGGGGAGAAACCUAUGCACUGCAUAGAAAACACUUCAUUUGACCUUAAUUAUGAGUUACACUUGUUAAUUUAAUAAGAUUAAGUUAUUAUGCACUUGAAUGAGAUGCCCAUUGAAACAUAUGUCUAGCACUUUUAUGAAUGUCUAAAAGGAUAGUAGGGUAGUCUUCAUGGCUCCCAUGGCCACGUGAGGUGCUCAUCCUGUAUAUGAUUGUCUUCAGUCCUGGGAACCUUGGCCUCGACAGCCCUAUUUAUGCAUACAAGUAAUAUAUAGAUGAAUGUCUCAAGUAAAUAUGGCUUAUGGAUGGUAGUGGAUAAUUUGAUGAGAACUAAAUAUGCUUAGUUUUAUUUGGAGAGACUAGUACAUUCAUGCACAAACUGUUGGCCAGGCUUUGUAUUUGUUUAUGAUUAUUGACAGAGCUUUACAUUAAAGAAAAAAGUAAAAGCUAGCAUUAGAUAUUGACAGCUAAUUUGGGAAAGGUAAAAUAUAUAGCUAGCUAGAUGUCCACCCAUACUCAUCCAUGUGUGUUUAAAUAUUUGGGGGAUAUAUCAGUCCAUAUGGAAGAGACGGUUCAUGGAUGACCUAGGAAUAGCCAUCAGACUAUAAUGCAUGAUUUUUGCUCAGGACAAGCCUCCUAUUAAAGCAGGGAGGCAGUUUUCCUGGAGCUGGCUGUCAAAGCCUUAGGAGAAGCUUCAAGAAUCUGAUGGGAAGCUUGUCCACAGACUGUGAGUAAAGAGAAAGUCUGCUUGGAUGACCUCAGGUGAACUAUGCACAUGGCCAAAAAAUGUACUGACGUUUAUUAAUAGGAAAAUGUCACAACCAGCAAGCAAUGGCUUUCUGAUGAUAAAAACAAUUCUAUAAUUCCUUUUUGAUUCUAUUAUUCCAUUUCAUAAGCUAGAUGUACUUAAAAAAAGAACCCAUAUGAGCAGGAUGUGUCCUGUUUGUAAAAAACAAGCAAAACAGCAACAUCAAAACAAAAAACCCUAACACCCCCAUGUGAACUCAGAUCUAUGAUGAGGAAAUGCACGCAGCUUUUGUGCCAUCUUCCUCUGCCCAUCAAUGUGUCAUGCAGAGUGUCUGAAUCUGCUUAUUGCUAGGACAUUGCUGUCAUUGUAUUUAUACAACAGUCAUAAAAUUAACUGACUAGUGAUUCAGAAUUUCUUACAAUGUUCUGAUAGAAAUAAAAAGUGAGGCACAAAGAAGUAACAAUGGGAAUUUUGUAAAAAAAAAAAAAAAUCUACAAAAGGUACUUAUUUACUUGUGAAAGGAUUGUUAAAGAGUGAAUUUUCUUUCAGUAUAUGUUAUGAUGGAGUCAGAAAAUCACCAGGAAAUUAUGAUUUUCAUCUGUAAUUUAUUUGGAGGUAGAUGUGUGCCAGUGUUCAAGGCGAGGCAUCCAAGCCUCUUCAAUGUUUUAUAGGUAGGUAUUCUUGACAUUAGUGCUUUAAAAAUAUUUGUCUAGUGAUAAAACCCUGACCACUAGAUGUCGCUGUUCACCCAGUAGUCUAAGACUGUUCCAUUUGGUUUGGCAUGUGUGAGAGGUUUCAAGUGACGAUAAAACAUUAAUGACCUUAGUUUCUGAGGGAAUCUUCAUUAAGAUUAGCCACCUGUGAAAAAGUUUGGGACAAAUGUAGUAUUGAUUUCUUAUGCGUUGCGAGUGAUGUCAGCACCGUAUGAUAAGGAGGUGCACAGCCACUGUUAGCCAGAGAGGCACUUUAAUGCAUCUUCUUUUUAGGAUCAUGGUAACUGGUCAAUAUGCUUCUCAUGUGAAAAAAAAAAGUAUAAAUGCCACAGCUAGAAAAUGCCCAAGGCAUUAACAGGUUAUGUUGCCUAUUUCUUAACAUACAUGCACACUAUUUUAUUGGUACUGCCAUUAUAUGCCUUUUGAUUCUCAAGACUGGUGAACUGCUUGCUCGUUUUAGUAAUCAUUGCUAUUGAUAUCAAAGUUGUAAUGUAUUGUUGAUUGUCAUGGGAAAUUAAAGAUAUUAUUCUGAUGGUAAGAUCAAUAAAAAUAAUUUGAAAAUAAA